AUGGCUCAAAAGCAAGAUCUUAACUUAUUCAUAGAUAACUCCAUCAUCCCAGAAAAGGUUUUCACCUCAGAACCUUUGUUUGGGACAAUAACGCACACUCAAGGUACUUCUCCAAGUUGGCUAGUCAAUUUACUUAUAGAAAACUCAUUAUAUGGAACUUGUGUUAUAAAUCAUGAAAAGGAUCAACAUAGACAAAUCAGAGCUGAUACUGUUGUGAUAUCGUUCUUACAUGACUAUGACUAUUAUGAAAAGGACUUGAAAAGAAACGGUAUUGAACUCAAUGAUAAUAAGCAAUUCCAUUUCAUUGAUCUAUUUACAGAUUUAUUUCAAGAAAUUAGUACACCUGAAUCUAUUGGUAAAUUAUUUGAUCAAAUCGCUACUCAAAUUCAAGGAUAUCAAAAUACAAAGAAGAUAAUUUUGAUUGAAGGUAUAGAAUUCUUGUUAUCUGCCACUAGCAUCUCUACAAUCCAAUUGUUGAAUCAAAUCAACAAAUUGAACAAAUUAGCAAAGGGUAUUUUUGUCAUUACCAGCGCAGAUAAAGAAUUGAUUGAAGCUAGUCAAGGAAAUCAAAACCUUCCUGAAUUCAAAACAUUAGACUUUAUCGUUAGAUUGAUUCAUCGUUCCAAUAUAGUGAUGGGACUAAGACCACUAGAAACUGGUAGAGCAAAAGAUAUUACUGGUACGCUUACAAUAUCAAAAGGUACAAUUCCAUUCGAAUCAUUAGUUGUUUCAGAGAAAGAGUAUUUGUAUUUCAUAAAUAGGGAAACCACCAAGUUGUUUUUCAGAUAA